AUGGAAAAUGUUAUAGCACAAAUUGAACACACACGCAAAGUGAAUUCUAAAAUGAGAACAAGUACAGACCUACUACACAGGGAGAUACUUAAAAUAAGAAUUAAUCAAUGCACUCGGAAGAAAGAAUUAAAUACUCGAAAACAAAAGAUAAAUGAAUAUAAGAAAACAACAGAUAGCUACAGAAAAGCAGUUGUUCUAUUAAAAUUAUCACAUAAAGUAGAAAAAAUGUCUCAAAUGCGAAAUAAAAUUCACGAUCAUCUUCACAAAUAUGAAUUACAACUAAACAAUAUCGAAAAUCACAAUUAUAACAGUGAAAUCGAUGAAAUACGUCAAAAGAAGACUGAUUUACAACGAAAAAGAGAUAUGAUCAUCGCUAAACUCAAAGAGAAAGCAGAUGCACUAGAAGAAUUGAAGAAAAUCGAGAUUGAUACAGAAAAAAUGCAAAAUGAAGUUAAUUUACUCAGUCAGAAGAAAGAAUUUCUCGAAAAUAAAAUUUCAUCAAUGAAAAACGCCGAGGAAGAAAGUUACACACAAGAAGAAACAAGUGAAAUAUCACCAUCAGAAUGCUCAUUUGAAGAAGAUGCAAUAGAAAACGAUAUUACAGACAGUUUGUUUUUGAAGUGUGAUGAGUUUGACAGGAGAUCAUCAGAAUUGCACGAAUAUGAAAAUAUUAUCACUGAAUUUGAAAGCGAUUGGGAAGAAUUGAAAGCAGACGAUAUUUAUUCAUAUGAAGCUAAGAUGCAGAAGUUGAAUUGGCUCUUGGAUCAGUCUAACAAUGCCAAUACACUUCUACUUCAAAUAGAUGAUAUAAAUCAGAAAAUUUUUGAUUCAAAUUUAAAGUUAGAUGAACUCAAGGACCAGAGGAGUCAUUUGCUGAAAAUUAAUUCAACAAAAUACAAUGAUGUUGUUGAGAGAAAACUCAAUGAGCUCAAAAAUCUCACUGAUCGAAGAAUUGAACUGGAAAACAUGCUUGGAUGCGAAAACCAUUCGAAAACACUUAUUGAUACCAUUAUAGAAGAUGCACAAUCUGCCAUAGACGAACCUAUCACUUCAACAAAAUUAUUUUGA